AUGCGAAUAAGCAAUUAUUAUGUUUGGAUAUUAUUUGAAAGUAAUGUUUUUGAAAAAUUUGUUAAAAAAUUUUGGGCAAAUGAAUGGUGGAACGGAACAUUUUUGAAGGAUUCUGAAAUCAAAAUGGAAAUUGGGGGUGAUUUUAUUUUAGCUACCCCUUUAAUGAUCAAAGUGAUUGAUAAUCGAAGUUUAAAUAUUUGGACAAUAUAUACGUCAAUCGAGAGAGCUCGACGAGCUGAAGCGAAUGAUAACAAAAUCAGCUUGAUUUGGUGA